CACAACUCAUGCCCUAAUUUUGCCACAUCUUUCAAUCUUAUUGGGAUUCCUCGUCCCUCGAACUUCGGCCUUCGGCAAUCUCCGAGUAGAGCAUUUCUACUCUCUUGCCCUCCUCAUUUCAACAUUGGCCGGUCUUUGGAGCUACUAAUUGCUGUCAACCGUCGACUACACUCUCGACCCACUCUCCCAACGACCGACUGCCGGUCGCUCGAUCUAGGGUUAUCUUUCUUCAGUGAUCGCCAGGGUGCCACUGUCGACUGCUCUAAUUACAUUCGGAAGACACACUACGUCAUGUCUGAACAGAAGAUUCUAGCUAUUUGUCAGUUUGGUGGGGAUUUUAUGAACAACAAUGAUGGAACAAUGACUUAUAUUGGUGGAGAGGCGCAUGUAAUUGACAUCGAUCGUGGCAUGCACUUCCAUGAACUUGUGACAGAGAUAUCCGACAUGUUUAGCUGCAAUAUGGAUUUGUAUUCAAUCAAAUAUUUUCUUCGGAACAACAAACGUGUUUUGAUCACAAUCUCAAAUGACAAGGACUUGAGAAGAAUGGUUGAUUAUAAUUCAGAUCCUACAAUUGAUAUUUUUGUUCUGAAGAAGGUGGAGAACAGGAUAAUUAGGAGUGUUGUAGCUGAUUCAGGAACUUCUACUGAUGUAAUUACUGCCGUGGAUGGUGAAGUCACUCCUUACAAUGACAGCCGUCUACGAAUUAUGAAUGGUUGGGACAAUUUGAUAAUGGGUGUGGGGCAAGCCUUUGAUAGUUCAAAAGAGUUCCGAGAAGUGUUGCACAAGUAUGCCAUUGCCAAAGGUUUUGUAUACAAAUUUAUUAAGAGUGAAGGACCUCGUGUUACUGUUGUGUGCUCUGCAAAGGAUUGUACUUGGCGGAUACAUGCUUCAAAGUCAUCAGCAAAUCAAGAUUUUACAAUUAAGAAAAUGAAUCAUAUCCACACAUGUGAAAGGGAAAAUAGCAAGCAAAGCCAUCGGUUGGCAACUCAGAGCUGGGUCGCCAGUGUUAUAAAGGAGAAGCUUCGCGACACACCAGAUUAUAAGCCAAGGGACAUUGCGAAUGAUCUUGAGCGUGAGUAUGGACUGAGAUUGAGUUACCAUCGGGCAUGGCGUGGAAGAGCUAUCGCUGAGAAAGAGCUCCAUGGUUCCGUAGAGCAGGCUGGAAGCGAACUGCCUUGGUUUUGUGAGAAGAUUAUUGAAACAAACCCAGGAAGCUUUGCUACCUUACAAACAUCAGAUGAUUCAAAGUUUAUCAGUCUUUUCUUAUCUUUUCAUGCAUCCAUAAAUGGUUUUGAGCAUGGAUGCCGCCCCCUUCUUUUUCUUGACGGGAUCACAUUGAAAGCUGCCAAACGAUGGAAAUUGUUAACAGCAACUGCUGUUGAUGGAGAAAAUGAUAUGUUUCCAGUUGCCAUGGCUGUUGUUGAUGCUGAAACUGAUGAAAACUGGCACUGGUUCUUAGUGCAACUGAAAUCAGCUAUUGGUAUGUCCCGUACCAUCACCUUUGUGUCCAACAGGCAGAAUGGGUUGGAAGGGUUAGUGUCUCAGGUCUUUGAGGAUUCCUACCAUGUUUAUUGUAUUAAUAAUCUCAUACAGGAAUUCAAGGCAGAGUUUGAUGAUUCCUGGCCCCAGGAACUGAAAGAUGAGAUGGUGGAUAAUCUUAUUCGUGCUGUUUGUGCAUGCAAGAUUGAUGAGUUCAACCAGUGCAUAGAGAUCAUAAAGGCUGCAUCACCAGAACUAGCAGAGUGGGUUAUGUCAAAGAACCCAGAGCUCUGGUCUGAUGCUUCCUUUAAAGGUAUGAGAUCCGGCCACUACUCAUCAUCUGCUGCACAAAUAUUCAAUGAGUGGAUAUCUUCAAGACAAGAGUCUUCAGUGCUGCAGAUGAUUGACAUGAUCCGCUGCAAAAUAAUGGAACUUAUAUAUAAACGGCAUGAAACCUCAAACACCUGGACUGAGAUGGUUCUAACACCAUCCAGGAGUCGAAAGGUUGAAGAAGAGCUGUCCAAAACACAAAAUUUCAAUGUCAUAUGCCCAACAGGCAGCAUCUUCGAGGUGAAAGAUGAGACGACAAAUAUUGUUAAUAUGGAAAUUUGGGAAUGUACAUGCCGGAGGUGGCAGGUCAACGGUUUGCCAUGCCCUCAUGCCCUGGCAGUCAUCGAGCGAUCCGGUUGGUGUAUAUAUGAUUUCUGCUCCAAAUACUUCACUGUAGACUGCUACCGUCAGGCUUACAUGCUUUCCAUUAAUCCAAUAGCUGACCCACUUCAUUCUGUAUGUGCGGUUCCUUUCCGAGCGAAGCGGUUGCCGGGCAGGCCAAAAAGGAAGCCAUUGGAGCCUCGCAUUACCAGUAAGAGAGCAGUUCGAUGUAGCAAGUGCAGAGCAUACGGGCACUACAAACAAACUUGCACAACUGCUAUGUAGAGCUAUCCAUGUCUAGCACUCAGGUGAAAUAAUUGACCCCCACUUGUAGACUGCUUCUCCUUGUUUGUUGUGCCUUUUUACGGUUUGCAA